UCUUAUUCUAAAAUACCAUGUACCAGAUAUUGUUUUUUUGUACCAAGAUUAUACCAGUUAUUUCCACAAUCUCCCAUAAAACACCGUAGCCAUGCAAGGUAUCGGUGUGCUUAUUAAGAAAAACCUUCCACACACCAAAACCUCAUCCAGCAUUGGCGGCCAAUCCAUCAACUUUAUCAAUGCUUACAUCCCACUUAACCAAAGCUUUACGUCCGCAGAUAUAUUUAAUUUCCUAAAAAAACCUUAUUGAAUCUUCAAUAUUUUUUGGUGGACUUAACCCGUGGAAUCCUCUAAGGCGCUUCCCUCGCCCAAACAAAAGUGGCAAAUUGGCUCGGCGCCAGUCACUUCCGGAAGAAAUCUCUUCCAUAAUUUCGAAAACUAGCUUUUAAAACUUUGACACGAUAUUCUGAGGCAAUAUAGCAAUCGAUUAAAGCAAUAAAAAAUAUACAUGCAUUUUUAAAGUGUCUAAAGGUAGUUUAUCUCUUAACACGGAUAAUAUGAUUUCAGAACUUUGAAACCUUUUUGUGAAUACCUUUGAUAAAAAUUGUGUAUUACUAAUGCGUACUUUUGACAGAAUUUUUAAAUAUUUGUUGUACUUGCUAUUAACCUAAUCCAGCCACAUUACCUCGAUUUUUUAGCUUUUAUAAUUUUACGUUAAUUCUUUAGUUUUUGUGCUACCUUUCGAUGCGUGAUUGGUGACAACACCCAAUUUUUUAUUUUUUCAUUGCACUCUCCUAGUGUGCUGCGUCAGUACUUGAACAGUAACCGCCCGCCCGUGGUGAGAAAUCCACACAGUUUUGACGGGAGUUGUUAUGAGACGCAAAUAAAUACCCUCGGUUAUUCUAUAUAACUUUGAAUUGUGCGGUUUCUAAAAAUUUUAAAUCCUAUUUGUUAUUUAAUGUAAAAAUCGUACGUGAAGGGACUGUAUUUAUCGAUAAAAACGGGAAACACAGCUGAAAUAUAUACGUUUUUUAUUCCUCACAGCCCAACACGUGGUUUCAAUUUUUAUAAUAUACUUUAAGACCAUAAUUAAUUCACAAGAUUAGUGAAAGCAUAGUUUUUGCUGAAUGUGAACUCAUGGCAGAUGGAGCAAGAUGAAAAUAUAUGUUAAAUUAUUUUCGAAUUAAUUUAUGCAAGUACAUCAAAUUAAAAUUCAAAACGCAAAUAUAAUCUGAAAUGCAAAGUUGAACCUUUUAUCAUCAAUGUACUUAAUUUUUUUACGCAAUAUGUGAAGAAGUGUUUGCAGUCCUUGCUGGGCAGCGCAGGCUCAGUUUAGACGUUCGCCGCGUUAAUAAGAAGGCGAUUCUUUUCACUUGUAACUCAGUUGAUAAGCAGAAGCUGCAGCGAAAACUAUGUUGGUGGAUAGUGCAUGCUUCACUUUAGCUAUCUUUGUGGGAGCGUCUGUUGUGCUUGUUUCGUCAAGUUUGUCGGAAGUUAAGCCGAUGAACAGCGGAACUAUCGUGACACCUUUAGGAUGCCACCGUCGUGUAUAUACGUAUAAAGUCACACAAUCCGAUCUUCAAGGACACGAGUGCUGGGACUAUUUAAGCGUUUGGUCAUGUUGGGGACGAUGUGACUCAAGCGAAAUUUCCGAUUGGAAGUUUCCUUACAAGCGCUCAUUCCAUCCUGUCUGUGUCCACGCCGAGCGGCAGCCAGUAGUAGCUAUCCUGAAAAAUUGUCACCCUAAAGCAAAGGACAGCGUAAGCAAGUACCAGUACAUGGAGGCAGUGAACUGCCACUGCCAGACGUGCUCCACACAGGAUACCAGCUGCGAAGCACCAGCCAAUAAUGAAAUGGCUGGGGGUAGCAAAGCAAUCAUGGUAGGUGCCGAUACCAAAAACUUGGACUAUUAAGGCGAGUUUGGUAAACGGUUCCUUAAUAAAUUGUGUAGGGGGAUGUGAUGGCUUUAUCUACAACAAAAUCAAGUCAAUGCAAAAAUGGUUAAUAUAAAACGACUUUAUAAAUCAAAAUAAAA